GAUUGAUGACCUAUAGAUUUUCUUCCGCGGGAAACUAUUGUCUUAUCAAUUAAUACCCAGUGAUUCAUGGAACCCUUCAAUUGUUAUGGUGUCAAUAACGCAACAUUUAAUAAUACUUGAAUCUGAAUGGUAUAAAUAUCCUUACCCAAGCGUUAAGUCUUCACAGUUAAAUAAGAUUCGAUCAGUGAAUCAACAAACGGAUCGAAUUAAAGGUUAAAUAUGAAGGUCAUUAUCAUUUUCGCAUUGGCAUUUUGCGUGGCAGUAGCUUGGGGUAAGCCACAGGGUACUUACACUGACAAAUGGGACCAAAUCAACAUCGAUGAAAUUUUAGAAUCACAGCGCCUGUUAAAAGGUUACGUCGACUGCUUAGUUGAUAAAGGCCGUUGCACAUCUGACGCUAAAGCCCUUAAAGAAACUCUCCCUGAUGCACUGGAACAUGAUUGUAAGAAAUGUACCGAAAAGCAAAAGACUGGUGCCGACAAAGUUAUUAGACAUCUGGUCAACAAACGUCCUGAUUUAUGGAAAGAACUAUCAGCCAAAUAUGAUCCCAAGAACAUCUAUCAACAAAGAUACAAGGACAAAAUCGACUCCGUAAAGCAAGCUUAAUGCGUUUCGGCUUACUCUGAAAUUUCGUAAAUGUACAGUUUUAAUGUUAUAUGUUAUUUUGUAAAAAUUUAAAUAUUUGUCAACAUAUAAUAGUUUGUACAUUUGGGUAAUUUAUAAUGUAAAAUUAAGCUACUGUCAUGGUUAAUAAAUCUCUAUCAAAAUUAAA